UAGAACCAGUAUUCAAUUGGGUACGGCUCAUAUAAUGUGCAGUAUUGGCGCUUGCUCGACAAAUUCGUCGCCAUGCCCUACGCAUCCCUCGAUGAGCCAUCAGAUCCAAUACCAAUAUCACCGUCGCCCAGUCGCAGCCAGGACUAUUACUGGGAGAACAUCGUUCUACAAGUCGAAGACAUCCUUUUCCGAGUACCAAAGCACCAUUUGGUCGGAAAAUCAGAGGCGUUUGAUUCGAUGCUAUCUCUCCCUCAAGGUGGCAGUGAACCCGAGGGUGUCACCGACGAUAGGCCCAUCCAGCUAGCGGGUAUCAAGAAAAUAGAUUUCGAACGACUGCUUCAGGUUCUUCAUCCAAUAGAUACCGCGAAACAGCCUGAGUUAUCUGUAAACGGCUGGGUGUCCGUUCUCGCACUUUCCAGCUUAUGGCGGAUGACUGUGAGGAAAACUGCCAUCGAACGUUUGACGAGCAGUUUAUCGGAGAUAUCUCCCGCGGAUAGGAUCGUUCUUGGGAGAAAAUAUUCGGUCGGGCAAUGGAUUUCUUCCGGAUGUGAGGAACUUGCAACUCGUGUAGAAGUGGUGUCCCUCGAAGAGGGGGAAAAGGUCGGCUUGAGCACAGCACUGAGGCUUGAACACAUACGAGAGUCAAAUUUCACGGAUGGUAAUCAACAACAAACCCAAGGUUCAACCUACUGCAGUUAUUGUGGUUGUUACUGCCGUUGUAUCGGGAAUUAUCCGUCACGACCACCAUUCAACUCGCAUGUGGUGAAGGAGAAGGUGGGGAGACUUUUCGAAGCCGAGUUGAAAGACGUCGAAGCAGAAGGGGCCGGGUUUGGGUGAUUAUGCAUCAGAGAUGAUAUCGUUACGUUUUGUGCAAUGAAGUCCUCUUGCAUGUUGAUUGCUUCGAUUUAGCGCAUAAUGAACCAUGCAACCGUAAGGUGCCUGUUAGCGAGUUUCAUCGUGCAACCACGUCGGCUGGUUGGCGAUAAGGUACGAGAGUGCGAAUUUAAUAAGCAGGCGGUGAUUUGGUUCCACAAGGUCUUAUGUAAUGGAAGGAUGUUUCGGUUGAGAGUACAGUCAGAGAGACGUGGAGCAUCUGUCCGAGUUUAGGAUAAAAGCAUUCAACAAUACCGUCAGAAAGGAAUCACGGGCCGAAAAGCUGACAGGAUUGAUGACUCUCA